AUGCCCAUUACGAGCAAUCCCGACAGUAGAAUCGGCACCGAAAAGGAGGUCAAGAGAGUAGUAGCAGAGGUCUCAGCAGAGGCCAUACGGGCUAAGAAUACAUACCCCCAUACAAAACCCUCAAAAAUCCGAGAACAACUCAAGAAGGCCCUAGUUCUCGGUACAGCCUAUGGUCAAGAUUCACGGUUUUCCAUCGAUAUGGCAUAUGGUCUUCGUCGUGCUGGGAAAAGACUAAAAACUCUCACAAAGAUGCAUCUCUGGUCACGAAGUCCAGACAGGUCAAAUCCUGACUCCAGGAAACGCUGUUACCUCCUCGAAUUGCCCACUGAGCUACUGUUGGAGAUCAUUUCUCAUCUACCAGUGCUGGCAGAAGCCUCUCUGGCAUUGACGUCUAAACGUCUGUUUGCAAUAUCCGGUGCAAUCCUGGACUCCAAGUCACUGCAUUUCAAUCGGGAUUUCGCACCACUUUUCCAUCAUUACCGAAAUGGGCACAACUUCGUUACUAGUCGGUGGCAAUUCGUUAAAGUGUUAGAAAACAACACAUGGCGAGCUUGUUCGAAAUGCUUGAAGCUACAUCCACGAACUUUGUUCUCCGCACGAGAACUCAAACGAAAACCCGAGGAACGAACUUGUGAACUAGGAAAUCUCGCAGGCAUAGUUGACCUGUGUCCAUGCAAGAAGCUAACGUUUCGAGAUAAAAUGGACCUCGUCGAACUCCUACUGAUGCGACAGAAAUCGAUAACAGCCUUGACUGCACAGUUUGGGACGGGUAUCCAGGAACGUUUCUGCUGGCAUACCUGCACCGAAAAUUAUGGCUCUACAGAAUUGAAGAUUGAAUUGUUUCCGGAGCUAGACGAGAAUGGCCAGUUGAAGAUAAAAACGGAGUAUCAGCUAUCGACGGGGUCAGGGCAGCUAGGGAAGGAAGAGUUUAUCACACCUCGCUUUGGAUGCGCACACCGAUCUGUUGAUCUCUGGCUCUCCAGCGUUUGUCAAACCACUAUUUGCCGACUUUAUGACAGUUUCUGCGCCUCCUGCCAGCGAAUAUCCGUUUGCAACUCCUGUAAUUCUUCGUUGAAAUGCCCUCGCAAACAACCUUGUCAUGUUGACGAGAACUCCGGAAAAGCCACAUAUUUCUUUUGGACUGAGAGAUGUCUUGGGGGGACAUCCCCUGUUCCGGACCAAGCAUGGGCCCUGCAGAGAAUUCAUCCGGCAGAGAAUACGAUCGAUGUGGACAACUGCAGCGAGUUGUGUCCUUGGACCAUCCGCGAACAUCCUCUCAACGAUCCCCCGUCUCUCGAAAUGAACAUUCUAGAGCCUGGUAUGCAGAGCCAUGCUGAUCCGGAAUGGAGGGUAAUUCACUCCCUACUCCAGGAAAAGCAGAGUGCAGCGAUCACCACGAAGCAUUAUCUGCGUCCUGGGGCGAUGAGCUAUCCACCACCACCACCUCAUAACGGCCAAUAUCCUUCGCAGUACCUGCAGCAGCCUCCUAUUCAACCCCAGCAGACCAUCCAGCCGCAGCAGCUACUGUAUAAUAAUGCCCACCCGAACGUUUCGCCAUAUCAAUAUGGCAAGCCAGUCGUUUAUCCUCAGGUCAUGAUCCCGGCGUAUCCCGCCUAUACACAUCCGUAUAAUCAACAGCCACAACCACAACCACAACCACCGCCUCAACCUCAACCUCAACCGCCGCCGCCGCAACCACAACCACAACCGCAACCGCAACCGCAACCGCAACCGCAACAGCCGCAACAGCAAUAUGUAAACCCAUCCGACUUGUUCAACACACCACCCCUCCCUUCGAUAUCACCCUCACAGUUUACCCAGAGGCCAUCUCAAUAUGGUGGACAACCUGCGGCCUCUACCGCCGCAGCCAGUAGCCUCUCCGCAGCGCUCACCACCCCCGCCGCAACGCAACCAACGUACUACACAGCUGCCGGCCCAAACCAAGGGAACCAGGUCUAUAGCAAGCUUCCACAGGCCACACCAAGUGCUACACCAAGUGCAACACCGAAACCUACCCCGAAGCCUACGCCGAAACCAACACCAAAGGUUACACCAAAGAUGAUGCCCAAGACUACCGCCGCGAUUGCACCAAAUCCCCCAACUGUUCGACCCACACCUGUUACCGCAACUCCCCCGGCACUAUCACCCAGACCUGUCCCCCAAGUAUUGAUCCCAGCCCCUCCCCCAGAAAUACAACAGAAAUUACAACGGCCGCCGGCCAAGAAGCAAGCGCAGCGACAAGCUGGACAAAUGGGCCCCCAAAAACCAGCAAAGCCUGCCAUCGACUAUCAGGUCCUGCUCCUGGCGAUGGCAGAUGAAUAUCUCAAUGCGGCCCACAAUAACGGAACCAUGGUCGCCUUGCUGAAACAAGAAUUGGAAGUGGAGGAAUACUAUAAGUUGGUCGCAACAGGUCUUGGUUGCUUGGAGGCGGUGUUGAAGAACUGGAGAUUGCAACCCCGAGUCGAAGCGCUUGUGCGAUUAAGGUAUGCGCGCAUUCUGUUCGAGGAGACGGACAACGAUCUCGAAGCGGAGACCGCAUUGAGCAAAGGCAUUGACUUGUGCGAGCGGAACCGUAUGCUGGACUUAAAAUACAGCAUGCAACAUCUUUUGGCACGGAUGCUACACAAGACAAACCCUAAGGCCUCAAUGAAAGCUGUGGAUGGAAUGAUCCAGGAUGUAGAAGCAUAUCGCCACUCUGCCUGGGAGUAUGCAUUUCGUUUCCUCCGGGUAUCCCUCUCGCUGUCUUCCUCAGGCCACCAAGACUCCGUUGCAGCUCUGCAACAUCUCCACAAGAUCGCUAAUAUGGCCAACCGCAAUGGUGAUAAGGCUGUUUCGGCCAUGUCGGCCGUCAUCGAGGCCCUUGCACACCUCCAACAGGGAUCCGGCUUCGACUCCAUUGAACAGGCUCAACGCGCCCUGGCGGUUGCUCGGAGUCACCAGCUUAAUGAUGAGCUUCGUCAUAUACCGCAGCUGACGACACUGGUGCAGAUGGUCGAUAUUUGUUGCAGCCUUCUUGAAUAUGACAUCAAUCAAUCUUCCCAGAAGCUGAAGAACCUACAAGACUUGAUGGACGAGCGAUUGAACGACCCCAACUGGCGUGCCGAUGGAUCGUUCUCCAUACCUCUAAGCGGUAAAUCAGCAGGACCAUCGUCAAUAGACACGGGAGACAUUCUUCAGGUCCAGAAUGGCACGUUGCUCUUGAGCUUUAAUUGGCUACCUCAGCAUGAUCUUUAUGCGCUUUGCUACUUCUUAAGUUCAAUUACACUCAGCUGCAAGAACUCAUACGAUGGCCGUAAAGCCGAGAAAUUCCUCCAGGAGGGGAUACACAUGAUACAAGGGAGCUUCAAAUCGCCACAGGACAUCACCGAGUCAAUGGUCAAUGCGAAUAGGCGGGUAGAAUGGCGCAGGACGCUGUACUGCAACCUCCUCCUUCAACAAGUUUUCCUUGCCUGUGGCCGCACGGACUGGGACCUUGCCAGCAAAACGCUGAAGGACCUCCGACAGGAAGUCCAAGAGCUUGGCGAGUGUCUACCUGAUACUGUCCAAUGUCUGAUGGAGUACGCUGCGGGUACCAUUGCACAAGCAACUGGCGAUCUGAAAGCUGCUCUCGAUGCGUUUCAAUCCCCUUUUCUUUCGUUAUCUCCGUCGACGAGCAAAACAGCCCGCAAUGACCCCCGGCGUGAUAUUGCACUUCUUGCAGCUCUCAAUACCGUUCUCAUACUACGUGAUCCAGCUCAUGCGUCUCAUUUUCAGCUCCCCAACAUUCUGGCAACUGUUGAGUCGUUUUGCAAGGGUAGCCCCAACAAAUAUAUCCAGGCAGCUUACUAUCUUGUAUGCGCUACCGUACAGACCGAAUCAACCAUACAGACCAAGCAGUUCCUUCAGCAAGCUUUGCAGUCAGCCACAGCAAUCAGCAAUAGUCAGAUUACUUGCAUGACCCUAACGUUCAUGAGUUGGAAGUAUUUCCGUGGGGUUGUCGGUGAACAGGCCGAAAAGAGCGCACGAGCAGGUCGUGCAAUGGCAAAGAAAGCCAACGAUCGACUCUGGGUCAGUGUCACGGACGAGAUGCUCGCUGAAACUCUGGAGAGGCAGGGAAAGAAUGAUGAAGCGAAAGGUGUCCGCGAGGAGGGCCAUCGAGUAAUGAUGGGAUUACCGUCAGCAUUGAAAAAGCCCGCCUAG